AUGGAUAAUGAUAUAUUCUUUAAAACAAUUAGAAAUAUCUAUCUUUUCAAAAGUAUAUUUAAUCAGGUGACUCAAAUACACAAGACUUUAGGAAAGAAAUCAUAUACAAUCAAAGAUGUAUUGUUUGCAUGGGCAUCAAAGAAUGGGUAUGAUAGAUUGGUCAUUGAAAAGUUUAGAUUGUAUCCACAAUCACUUAAAGAUCAAUUAAACAAAUACAACUAUACCAAUGCAGCGAUCGCAGAUGCUGUACUUUUAAACAAGUACCUUGUUUUAGAUGAUUAUAAAAAGGUACUUGGUAUGGAAACCAAUAAUUUUAUCAGGUUGUUGGAUAGUCUGGCAAUGAAUCAUCAAUGGUAUAGAGACGAUGCAUGCAAGUUGAUUGAAGCUAUAGAAUACACUAAAACGCAAUUAGUAGGUAAACGACAAUACCGACAAGACGAAUUCCUCUACUAUUACAGUACCAAGAUCGUCACUGCUACCAUUCAAUCCAAUAAUCUACAAGCUGUACAAUAUGUACUCGAAAAACUAGUUUACACUGCCAAACUUGUUCCUCAAUCGAUUAUAGUGUUUGCAUGUGGACAACUACCAACUCUUGGACAAAGUACACUCAUUUUAGAGUACCUCAUCAAAAAGUAUAAAAAUGAAGUCUACCCUUCACUUUUAAAUAUCAAGUCGAUUGUAAUGCACGGAAACUACAAUCUAAUAGAGAUAUUGUUAAAUAAUGGCAUCAAAGAAACAAAAGAAUAUAUAACACCAACCAUAGUAGAGAUUGCAUGUUACAAUGGACAAUAUGAUUUGGUUGUCUAUCUACUCUCACAAAUUAAAAAUAUAUCAAAUGAUCUAUCUUUAUCACGUGUACUUUUAAUGGCUGCUAAAAGUAGUAAUUUAAAAUUAUUAAAAUAUUUGUAUGAAAACAUAAACAUUGAUUGUGGACCACUUGAAGUAAUACUUUCAGAGUUUAUAAAAUAUAAUGAAAAUGAUAAACUUUAUUAUAUUUCAUACCCGGAUCCUACCAAAACCUAUUUCUAUAAUCGACUCUCCAAAGAACCCAGCAACCAUAACCACGACCACGACCAUGAUCAUGACGAGGAAUAUCAAUUAAAAAAGUAUCAAGAAAUCAUUGAUUACCUCAAGAGUAUAUACACCACGGAAUCGAUACAAUUCUUUGGAGAUCAAAUGAAUCAAGAUGGAUCAACUAAAUAUACUCUCAUCCAAAUGCACAAUAUGUUUGGUAAAUCAUCACACUGGUGGACAUCUAAAUUACAGUAUUAUUUUCCUGAAUUUGAAUAA